UGUGCCUAACCGGCCACGUCCGUGCGUGCCAGAGAACAUUUUGUAAGAUGCGAUUUUGUCUCUCAUGGCGAGGGAGCCUUCGUCGUGAGAUUCGUCCACUUUCCGUACGGACCACUUCAUUCGGAGUAUAGUACGCUCGCGGGUUACGUAAAUUUGCGAAAAAAAACUAUAUCGAAGGGGAAAACCGUCGUAAAAUAAGGAAGGAGAGAAACGAGCGAACUGUGCGUAAAACGUCGAAAUGAGGAGGGCAUCGUUCGAUAAACACAAUAACACGAAGCGGAACGUUUUGAGCAACACCUAUAGUUCGUAUAGUGUCGUGACCGAAAAUUCGAAGGAUGCAGAGUAUAAGUACAACUUGAGCUAUAGUAAUACACCAGAAAAGAAUUAUCUGCAACGAAGUGUUUCCGCGGACAAUGUUGUAAUACAUUCACGCGGUUUCAAGCCCUCUGAUAGGCACGAUCCCGUGAAGAGGAAUUUCCUUGAGCAUCUCACUUCGAAAAUAUUACAUUUCGAUAUGGAAAGCAAUGAAAGUGCACCGGUCAACUUGCAAAAGUUACUCACUCCUGCCUCUGAUUCGCAGGGAAUUAUGCAAUCGAAAAAUAGAAAGAUGUUUGCAUCUUCGUAUUUUUAUGCACCGACACAUCCAACUGUUGAGGAUCAAGUUGAACUCGCUCGGCGAAUUUCGCAUUCGUUAAGCGACGUAAAGAAUAUGAAAAGUAAGGGUCAAUCUAUGUACGUGAACAGAAAAAAACGAUCAGUUAAGUGGAUUCACGAUGGUAACGGUAUAGAAGAUGUAGAUGAACCUUCGACUCCUGUUCAUAGAGAUAAAGUACCGUUAAAGUGUAUGAUGAAUCCGCAUGGAAAAGUAUUGGACAUACAUGGUAUCCAAGCUUUGGGCGAAGAAGUAAACAUUGAACCAAUGCCAAAAAAUCCUGAAAAACUCUUUGAUAUCGUCCGCGACUUAAAUAAUCAAAGAGGCCGCGGUGCUGAAAUAUUCGCGAAGCGCAGGAAGAGGUCCGAAAAAUGGGUCGUAGAUAAGGAUCAGCCACAAACACCGAGCACACCCGGUGUAUUAAAAACUCCAACGUACGCGGGAAAACCGGAAAUGAAUGGCAAUUCGAAGUUUUCCACUCUACCUCCGCUUACACCUAUAGUACCUGAGCCAGCCGUCGAGAAACCGUUUUAUAAUCCCUUUACCGUGGACUUGUCUUUAGACACAAAUCUACCCACCACAGGUAGAAAUCAGUAUCGAUGUAACGGUAAAGAGUGCAAUCAUUCGACCGAGGUGACAAAAAUUUAUCUGAGAGAGGUAGCCGUUGGUACCGAUAACGAUUUUCCGUUCGAAAAUUCUCGGUCGCCAAUUGUCGAGAAAUCACGUCGGAUCACUUUCGAGCCGGACAUCGAACGGCAUAAUAACUAUCAUGGCAGAUAUAACACCAAUGAGAAUACAACACCGUCGAUUUCCACUAACAGGCGCAAUUACGCGUAUAACAAAGCUUCGCAGGGCAAAUAUAAUUUUUCUAACGCGCAGCACGUUACUAACAGAGAGAUUAAAAAUUACACGAAGGAGCAACGGGUGACGGAGUGUAUAAAGAGCACGAUUAACGAAAAAGAGAAGUUCAUGAGUAACCAACGGGAGAUCGAGAGCGAGGAGAACGAAUACACGCCGAUCCCGGUUAAACAAUUGAUACAAGAGUUUGAGAAAACCUGCAGACCGGUUAUGCAAUAUAAACAGAUCAGUCCAAAGGUUAUUCCAAUUGUGCAGCACUCUUACCACGACAAUGACAUAACGAGAUUCUUUGAAACGCGAAGCUCCGUUAAGUACAACAACGAGGAAGAGCAUAGGAGAAUAGCCGAGCAACAAGCGUACCAAGAACCUGUAAAGCUGCAAGAACAUUGUAACAACGGUUACAUAUCCACCGAUGAUACAGAAUACACAACAGACGAUACCGAUUCCCAGAUGAACGAUUACAGCGAAGAAAUAAUGUACCGUGAAAAAUCCGAAUCCUCGAGUAUAAUGAACGGCGAACAAGAUUAUACGUCGAUGUAUCACGAGGAGUGUUCUAGCCGGCGACGAUCGAUGACCUCCGAGGAAGUGGAGACUUUCUGCAACAACGGAGAUGGGAAAUUCGUGGACACAGAAUCGAACGUACCGGCAGAAGCAAAGUCAUUGUUACUCUCGAUGAUAGCUUCUCAGGAAGACAUUUUGGACACUAUUAAACAUUUGCGCAAUACACCCGUUCUGGACAAUCUUUUGCAUGGUGUUUUACCGGAUUGUAAAUUCGCCGACAUUUGUCCGGAUGUAGGGGAUGUAGGUAAAAAACUUUACGAAGAUAAUACGUAUACCGGACCGAAACUUGCCAGCGUUCACAACUUAACAAACUAUAAUACUGCACCUCGUGGUUGGGAUCAGUCUUUGACAUUUUAUCGACCAAUCAAAUUCGAGAAACCACAAGAGAUUGUUUAUUCCGAUUUUUAGGCAUAAUUUCAAUAUUUACGAUUAUAUUUGGGAACCAAAGAUCCGAUUACGGAAUUACACAACGGAUUAGGUUAACUUUUUCCUUCGUUAAUUAUUAAUUUGUUUAGUUCGAACGAUAUGGACAAAAAGAAUUUCGUAAUUAAUAAGUAAGAUCCUGCGCUAAGAAGGAAAAGAAAUUUGCAGUAUGUGUAUAAUGUAUUUUGAAGCUUCGUUUUGCUUGAUGUACCUAC